CAGAGAGAAGAAUGAGAACACACCUGAGAGGGGGACUGAUGGAGAAAGGGUGGUCCCGCCCGUCUGUGGGGACAGAGGUCACUCUUAGACAGGAGAGGCACAUUGUUCCAGCAGGACAGUGGAGACAGGACCCACCUGCACCCCACACAGCUCCUCUACACCUGUGGAAUGGCACAACGCGAUGUGAAUGAUCCUCCUCCUCCAUUCUACCCGGUGGCAGUGCACGCCCAGCCCUCUCUCAUGUCAUAUGAAGAGCUGAUCUAUGGGAUAAGUUAUGGAUAUGUCCAGAGUCCUGUCCAACAGUACAUCCCCCAGAAUCCCCUACCCGUCGCAGCUCCAAUCAUCACCCCACACAGUUUCCCCACAGCACCACCUAGUGGUAAGAAGAAGCAGUGCUGUGUCUGCAGUGCUCAUUGUUACGGUGGAUCAGGAGCUACACUUUUCUUGCUGGCCCUUCUUGCAGUGGUCAUCUGGCUGGGAAUACAUUUCAGCACCAAGUUGGCAUCUGCUGCUAUAAUGCAGAAUACUGGCGGCAGGGUGGAUUAUGGCGACGGGGCGAAGCAGUGGAGUAUAACAGCAGCUGAUUCCUGCUCCAACCUCACAGUGGAGUGCGACUCAGUCCGAGAUUGCCAGCAGGGCAGUGACGAGAUCAACUGUGUGAGGUUUGCUCAGGGCGGAGUUCUGCAGGUCAGGACUGCUCAGGAUGGCCGGUUCCUCCCAGUCUGCUCUCAAGACUGGGAUCAAAGCUACGCUGACCAGACCUGUUCCCAACUCGGCUUCAGGCGGUCAUUUGCCUUAAGUUCAGUAGAGAACAAGAUAUCUCCAGUGUUGAACUUACAGGCCAGAACAUCUAACCUAAUUCAAGGUUUACUCAAUGUCAGCUCUUCCUGCUCAAAUGAGAGAACAGUCACCCUUGAAUGCAUUGACUGUGGAAAGCAGAAGACCACCACCAGCAGAAUUAUAGGGGGCAGUGUUGCACAGCUCGGCCUCUGGCCCUGGCAGGUCAGCCUGCACUUCAACGGCGCUCACAUUUGUGGUGGAACCCUCAUCUCCCAAGACUUUGUGGUGACAGCAGCCCACUGCUUCUCAGAUUCAAAUCCUAUAUACAUGGAUGCCAAACUCUGGCGUGUGUAUACUGGAGUGUCCUCUCAGGACAAGCUUCGAGAGCCUCAUUACAUAAAGAAAAUCUUACUGCAUGAUCAGUACAACAAGGACACCAAUGAUUACGACAUUGCUCUCCUGAAGCUCUCCAGUCCUGCAGAACUGUCCAGCACUGUGAACCCAGCCUGCCUUCCUGCCUUUGACAAGAACUUCCCCUUUGGAACAGAAUGCUGGACAUCUGGUUUUGGGGCAACCGUAGAAGGAUCAGACACUGGCUCUUUGGACCUGAUGGGGGUGGAAGUGAGCAUCAUUGAUGGGCGCGUGUGUAACGGUAGUGAUGUCUACAAGGGACGCAUCUCUAUGAACAUGAUGUGUGCUGGUGACUUGCAGGGGGGGCGGGACUCCUGUCAGGGGGACAGUGGCGGCCCACUGGUGUGUCAGGACAGUGACCAGAGAUGGUACCUGACAGGUGUGACGAGUUGGGGAAUCGGUUGUGGACAGAGACAAAGGCCAGGCGUCUAUAGUAAAGUGAGCACCCUGCUGCCCUGGAUCUACAGCAUAAUGCAGAAAGAGAGACCUUAACAUGAUCCUGCGGUGGGACUGGAACACUCUCCCUUACCAAACAGGAAUAACACAAGCCAGACUAGGAGAAGCACAAAAGACUAGGAGAGAUGUAAAAAGACAGGGAAAUGUGGUGCCACAGACAGAAGGAAAUAUUAAUAAAUCUGCCCUUUAAUCCGGGGCUGUGUUUCUCUACUACAGUCAAACAUCCACUGAACUGUUAUUCAUCUUAAUGUAAGUCUUAUAUAAAAUCAUAUCUGCAUACCAUGAA